AUGUGUUUUAAGUUUAAAGUAGCCCGUAUCAGCAGUGGCGUUAUGGGCAGCUGCCUUUUCAACGCGUGUUUUGCUGUGUGCCCGGUGCAAAUGUUUCUCCAUUUUAACAAGUUUAAAACUUUUCUGUUUUGGAUAUUAACAACAAUUCCGAGCUCUGAUAAACUCUCACUUCAUGUUAUCUCACCCAAGCUGUUGAAUUUAACAAAAAACACUGCAAUAGUAUUUAUUAAAACACUUAAAACGCAGACGAAAAUAACCAACAGCGAGAAUGAAAUGAAUGUUGAAGUUGAUCUUGUCGACUUUAAAUGGAAUUUAUGGAGUUUUGCUAUUUUUAGACAGCAACGUCGCGAUGGUCGGAGAACAUUUGUUUGUAAUUGUUAUGAUGUGAACGCGUGCGAUGAUGCGUUGGUAGUUUUCCGGAAUGAUUCAUCGGCUAAUGAUUUUGUGCCUUAA